GGGCGAUGACUUUCUGAAUUCAUUCAUGCAUGGUCACACAAUGUGACAGUCGCGAUAACUGGGAACUGGAGGGAGCUGCCCUUCGCGGAAACCCAUUUCCAAGUUAAAUUUGCCUCGGAAAAACGAACUUUCCUUGCGCAAGUUUGGCGGCGAAUCCACGUGUGAAGAAGUUUGCGCAUGAAUAUCUUGGCCUGGCUGCGUUUAAAAGAGUUUGGUAAGCUGGCAGAGGUGCCAGAAUUUGGGGACAGGGGGAGAGGGGAGGUUACCAGCUUCCUUGGGAGGUCUGUAGGCUAUCCGACGCACUCAAAAUAUGGCACCAAUGGCAGACGGAUAUUGCUUUCGAUAUUUAAAUUGGGCUUCCCCAGUUUAAGGUGUCAUAUAUAUUCUGAACCCUAGUCGAUGGAUUUAUUACCGUCAAUAGAAAAACAUUUUAACUGUACUUUCUCCCUAGGCUAGAAAUCUUGAAGCAUGGGUGACUGGAGCUUUCUGGGGCGUCUGUUGGAGAAUGCACAGGAACACUCAACAGUAAUCGGCAAGGUCUGGCUGACUGUCCUCUUCAUCUUCAGGAUCCUGGUGCUGGGAGCGGCAGCCGAGGAUGUGUGGGGCGACGAGCAGUCUGAUUUCACCUGCAACACACAGCAGCCUGGGUGUGAGAACGUCUGCUAUGAUGAGGCUUUCCCCAUCUCGCACAUCCGCUUCUGGGUGCUGCAGAUCAUCUUUGUGUCCACGCCCACCCUCAUCUACCUGGGUCACGUACUGCACAUCGUCCGCAUGGAGGAGAAGCGGAAAGAGAAGGAGGAGGAGCUGCGAAAGGCCAACAGACUCCAGGAGGAGAAUGAACUCCUUUACAACGGCAAAGGGGAUGCAGGUGGAGGAAGAGGACGAGGAGGAGGAGGAGGUGGUAAAAAGGAGAAGCCACCUAUCAGGGAUGAGCAUGGCAAGAUCCGCAUUAGGGGUGCCCUGCUGCGCACCUAUGUGUUCAACAUCAUAUUCAAAACCCUUUUUGAAGUGGGGUUCAUUUUAGGUCAGUAUUUUCUCUAUGGCUUCCAGCUGAGGCCGCUAUACAAGUGUGCACGGUGGCCCUGCCCCAACACUGUGGACUGCUUCAUAUCUAGGCCCACUGAAAAGACGAUUUUCAUCAUAUUUAUGCUUGUGGUGGCUUGCUUGUCUCUUUUGCUGAAUUUGUUAGAGAUCUAUCACCUUGGAUGGAAGAAAGUUAAACAGGGAAUGGUCACCCCUGAUCAUGCAUUGCUGCCCCGCUCUGAUGGUGUGGGGCCUGAGUCCAUGACUUCAGCCUCCAGAACUGCCCUUCCCAACCUCAGCUACCCACCGAUGUACACGGACGUGACGGCUGGGAGCGGUGCCUUCCUGCCGCCCAUGGCAGAAGACUCCCCGGCAGAGUUCAAGAUGGACCCCCUGCAGGAGGAGCCCUCAUCCUCCUACUACAUGAGCACCAACAACAACCACAGGCUGACCACGCAGCAGAACUGGGCCAACCUGGCCACCGAGCAGCAGACUCGGGAGAUGAAGGCCACCUCCUCCUCCUCCUCUCCCUCUGAUAGUGAGCAGCAGCCUCGUGAAGCUGCUCCCCCCACCACCACCACCAACAACCCUAGCUCCAGUGGGGGCAGUUUGAGUGGGGGGAAUGGUGAUCAGGAGGGAGGCCACGUCACCACCACAGUGGAAAUGCACGAGCCCCCCGUUAUGAUCACAGACCCUCGACGGCUCAGCAGGGCCAGCAAGAGCAGCAGCAUCAGAUCCAGGCCCAAAGACCUGGCAGUAUAGUCAGUCCCCCUAAAUACACCUCCAACCUCCCAAAGCCCCCAAUGAUUUUUCUAUAUCAAAUUUAUUUAUAUAGCCCUUCGUACAUCAGCUGAUAUCUCAAAGUGCUGUACAGAAACCCAGCCUAAAACCCCAAACAGCAAGCAAUGCAGAUGUAGAAGCACAUAAUUAUCCAUUUAAAAAUAGCAGCCCAGUUUACCAACCCCCAAAUGUGUUCUAGAAUCAAUUUUAGUAUUUCAAAAUCCAGUGAAGUUAUUUUUUCUACGUCUGGUACCAAGGCCCUUUGUAGGGUCAUGUGAAGGUCUGGAUUUUGUAUAUAAAAAGUACAAAAAAAAUAAUAUAUUUUUGUUUUUUUAAUGGAGGCAAUGUGAGGCAGGGGGCUGGAACUGGAGUUGUUGCCUAGUAUAUAUAUAUAUCUAUUAACAGCAGUUGAUAUCAGUGCAAUUGGUGAGUUGUAGCAUAUGUUUUAGAAUAAAAAAUGCACACAGUCUGAUUGUGCAAUGUUGGUUAAAAUGGUCUGACAAGCUGAAGGCUUCUAUAUACUGGACAUCAGGGGACUUUAUGGUUCUUAUUCCAGUUUAAAAUGGCCAAGUAACUUUUCUGUUUGAUUUUGGUUUCAAUGGCCUGGUAUGUGUCAAUGUGCUCUUGUCAACAGUGGUUAUUGUUGUUGUGUUUAUUUGAUGAACAUAAAAGCCUAUUUAUUCCAAUUAGGAAUGAUACUGUACAUUCAUCAAGUUGUUAAGUUCGGUUGGCAAAUUGCUGAGAACCAACUUCGAAUAAAACCUUUAUGUGGAACAAGUACGUACAGGGUGUUUUGAAACCACUUGUGUGUUUAGUAUGUUUACUCUAAUGCUGUUAUACAGUUCCUCCAAGUUAAGCCUUUCUUAAAACAAGUUAUUUUUAAUCAUUUUUUUGGUGUAUCAGAAAGUCGCUUGCAAGACAAACUAAAUCCAAACAUGUAUGCUCUCAUUCUCUCUCUAAGAUGAAGAAUACUGUUCAAUGUCAGCAAUGACACCAAUAUGGGGACAACAUUUGCUUGUUCAUUAUCAAACUUUUAUAUUGUACUUUAACACUUCCUGAAUUUCACAAUCUAAAUAACUUAUUUGUAUAAUAUUCAGGAAAUAGCUUAGCUAUUUUUUGUAUUAUGUGUUUGAAGAGUAACAGUGGAAUCUGUAAAUGCAAACUACAACUCACUGAUUCACUAACUGGUCUGCAGAUGCAUUUCUCUGUCUGAUUUUUACCCAGGAUCCACUUACUGAACACAUCAUUUACACAAACUAUAACCGGAUUAUGGGUCAAAGCUAGAAGUUGAAUGUGUUCUUGUAGUCUAAAGCUGUUACAAGGUUCCAUGGUUCCAGCCCCUGCUCUUACAUUUGAUUCUCCAAUGCAGAAAUUAAGCAAAUAAAGUAGUUGUGUUUGCCUGAAAUUAAAAAGCGCACUUCCAUAUGGACAAUAAAAAGUUGACAUCCAAUUUUAAGAGGUUGAAAACAAAAUAUAAACCAAAUGCUUCAACUUAAGACGGUAAAUAAGAUUUGGUUUUUUAUAUAUUUAUGAUAACCAUGUUUAUUGCUGUCAUCUUAAACACAAUAUCACUUUUUAAUCAUUGCAUCUUCAUGUUGAGGGUAACUCACUCUCAUACAUCACAUGUGAUACUUUAUUGGUUUUUCUCAAAAGUGCUAUUUUUUAAAACAGAAUUGAAUUAUAAUGAUAUCUUAAUUCUAAACUGUAGUCAGUUUAUGACAACCAAAACAGCUAUAUGGUACAAAACGGACAAAUGCAAUGACGUUGCAAGUGUCAUAACGCCAGGAUGAAAAGUCCAUCCUCAUUUCUUAUUUUUGAUAGAAGCUCAACUAUUACUGACUACUUCACCUGUUGUAAGCAAUGGGAAGCAUAUGCUUCCGCCUAGUUAGUGUAAAUGUAAUAUUUCACGUUGUAGAUUACCUGAACCAUCUUGAAUAACUGAAAAGCUAUGCAAGUAAUUGCACAACACAAUCAUUCACUUAAAAUAGACCUUUUCUUAAAUUACUUGUGAAACAUGAUUGGUAUAAUACCACACUAUGUAUUUCUUACAUAGUUCUUAUACUUUCAAAUUACCAUAUGCCUAUAGUUUAUAGUUAGACAAGGAUCAUAAAUAAACACAAUAACAAACAUUCAAUGCAAACAAGAAACCAUAGUUACAACCUUGGAGAGACUACCGGUGGAGACUAUGCAAUCCUUUGCUUAUAACAGUGUUACUCUUAUUGGGACAACCAUUUUUCCCAAUGUAUGUUACCUUUUCAUUUAAAUUAUUUAAAUGUCCCAAACCACAAAAAAAUCUGUGUUAUUUUCAUUUGUCAUUUUGGUUCUCAAAGUUGACAUUUUAGUAAAAAGGUAAAAGAUUUGCACAUUUAGGCAAAACAUGCUGUUCUAAGAAGUUUAUAUUGGUAGGAGAGAGAGUGGAAAAUACACCAGACUGCCAAUGUUUAUAAUCUUCAAAGGAAAAUGUCUUAACAGUUAAACACAACGGCUCUUUGCGUUAAAGACAGUAUUUUUUUUAAAUUACGUCAAAUGUCAUGGUCUGAGAUGAUUGCAGAAAGUUUGGGUUUUCAAAUAUAGAAAAAAGUGGGCUGUGAGUAUUUCCUGUGUGCUUUCACUAUGUUCUCAACACAUUCCUGUGACUCUCUGGUUAGCUUGUAUUAAAAUAUCACACUAAUGUUGAGACAAUGUUACCUGGGUAGCUGGCCCUUUUCUUCUUCUACACACAGCAACUUGUGUAUCGUUUUGAGUUUCCCGCAAGCCCCUCAUCCAAUAGGUUAAUAUACAGUAGCUUUCUUCAAACUCUUGAUGUGUGUCUCUGGCCAGGAGUAGGAACCAUCUACAUUAUGCUCAGAACAACAGCCUGUUUCAAUGCUGUCUUAAGAGAAGUGCCUUGUGUAUGACAUUUUGUAAAAACAAGUUGAUGUAAAUGUUAAUUUACCUCAAAUGUUUACAAAACUGUUAUUAAACAAACUUUUUGUACCAUAUUUCCGGUAUAUGUGGCAAUCAAUAAAAUUGAG